GCUCGUUUAUUGGAAAUAACACACUAAAUAACCACCAAAUGCGAACAAAACAGCCCGAUUGUGAGUAAGGAACAGCCGCAGAAAUUACUUCGCGCAGCGGUGUCACGCAUACUGAUCAGUUUGACCAAAAACAAUAAAUAAGAGCCGACCACACGAAGAGGAAGCGAGGAGAUUCUCAUGGCGCCCGACUAGAAUGAAGCCACAUGAUCCUCGAACCAAUGCCUCUGCUAUUUAGCGCCGCUACGUUUAAGGACACGUUUCUACUCGCAAAUAGACGGGAGCGCGUUUGGGCGGUCUGGCACGACUUGAGGCCCUCCAGGUCCCCAGUUGAGCUUCAGAGAAUGCCUGACGUAAAAGACGAGUUCGCCUGUUGGAAAAUGGCGACGCGGCACAGGCAGGAUCAAGGGCAGCUAGGCCAAAAGCUACUGAAUGCUAAAAGGCGUCGUUUCACUUGUCUGCUUUUGGAUCUUGUUGCGACCCAAAUGUGGACUUCGACAAGCCAAUACAAUAUGUUCGCUUGCGUUCAUGUCCGACAGCCUUUGAAUGUAGUUGGUCAUUACGCUUUGUUUGGACAGCGUUACGCGUCAAUUCGGAGUAGGUAAAAGACACGGGAGCCGAGAUGCGUUUGAGUCCCAUGUGUCGUUAAAUCCCCAACGACAACAAUGUGCACGUUGCUGAACUCAUCACUAAACUACGAUGUCAAACAUACUUUAACCAAGUAGUUCUUGAACUUUUUACACCAAGUAGCACCUGAAAUAGUGCUUAUCUCUCCCAAGUGCCACCGUUGAAGCGCCGUACUGGUACCCCAAGUUGACCCUAGAGUUCAUCAAAACAAAUAUAUUUGCCAAGAUUGUUUUUUUUUUAAUUACUAAAAGUACAACAAGUAUACCGCGAUUGGCUUAUGACCAGGUCAGGGUGUACACUGCCUUCCCCACAAAAUCAGCCGGGGCAAGCUCAAGCACGCCCGCGACCUAUAUGAGGCGAUAGAUACGGAAAAUGGAGGGCUGGAGUACAAGUAUUGUAUAUUUAAUAUUGUGAGCUACUGUAAUAAUAUGCACAAGUUUAAGAUGAGCACUGCUAUCAAAUAUAAGGCCACAAAAAAGAUGACGAUCCAAGUCAAAAGUAAUGCACGUGAAGCCACAAUUAUAAAUAUAAUUUUAUAAAAGAUUAUAUACAGAGGUUAUUAUACUAACUGCUAAAUAGUUCAAAUGUAGUUCAAUGCACUGUAUUUGAUAAAAAAAAAAGUAAAAGCACAACAGCUUUAACUGGUGGUUCCCAAACUUUUUUUUAUGCUCUGCCCCCCUUUUGGAGAUGACAUUUUUCUGCAACUGCUAUAGUUUGAAGUGUUGAUGGUAGUUCAUGGUACCCCUGCGCCCCCCUGUCAUAACACCAUGCUGUUCCCAAGGGGGUGUGCCCCCCCCCCCUCCCCAAAUUGAAAACCACUGGGUCUAACGCCUCAAUUCUUGUCACGUUGAUCGGACUCCCAUUUGCUCAGGGUGAAGUCAUUUGGAAGGAUGUUCAAUAAUACUUCCUUUUCCCCCAGGCCGAUACCACAAAAAGUAGUAACUCUAAAAUUCACUAAGUACUGAUUGAACUAUUAAUCUAUUAUAUGAGUAUGACAUAAUUGAAAGGAAACCUCUUUCUCACAUAUGUGAUGACACUGCGUAGUCCUAACUACAGGCAAGGAGGACUUAAUGGCAAAUUAUUAAUUUUCUUCUUCUGGACUAUCGAUCACUGGUUCGGGAGCUUUCAGGAGUCCCUGAUACCGUGAAAUAAAGUAUUGAUGGAUUCCGAGGAGAAUGAGGUGGAAAGCAGCAGCGAUGCGGGCCCCUCGGGCAUGGAGGAACCGUCGGAAAGCGGAAUGGGCAUGGAGUCAUCGGAGGCCAUGUCGGCCGACAGCAGCGAUGCUGCCUCCUCUCACGCGCAGCCGCCCGAGUCCGACUGUCAUGUGGGACAGAGCUCUGAGGGACUCGUGGUCUUCAUCCCAGAGACCAGCUCCAGCACGGACGUGCGAGUGUCCUCGGUUCACCUCCCGGAUUCCUCCUCGGUUGCCCAGUCCACUAGCGUGUCCAGCGUGUCUACCAUCACUCAGUCGGUGCUGGUGUCCGAGUCGGCCCAAGUGCUCGUUCACUCCAGCGCCACAUCUGAAGGAGCCAUGAUUGUGUCCGACUCCACUGCCUCUACCUCAUCCGACCUAGGCUCAGCCAUUGACAAGAUCAUCGAGUCCACCAUCGGUCCUGACAUCAUGAACGGUUGCAUUGCUGUAACCAGUGCAGAAGACAGGGAUGCAGAACCAACCCAAUAUCUCAUACUACAAGGUGCUCCUAUGGUAGCGCAUAUGUCCUCUUCGGCCCUGUCCAAUCGCAUUGCCGUCGAGUCACUUUCGGAGGGUCCCACCUCAACCUGUCUGGACCAGGGAGACAUGCAGAGAAGCCUGGAGCCCGAUCAACCCGACGACCAGGCCGGCCACUCUGGCUACCCAGAAGACAGCAGCGCUCAGCCCGAUCAGCCCCAACACUCGCACCUCUCCCAGUACAUGGACUGCAGCGCUGAUGGCCCGGACCAAACAGGGGAGUCCUCAUCUUCCUUUGCGGAGUGUGCUGAAGAACCGGACCAGACGCGCUCACAGUCGAGCUUCCCCGACUACAGCGGCGACAACAGCAACCAGGACUUGCCCGGAUAUGUCGAAUGCAGCAAAGCGGAUUCAAACCCCACUAGUCAGGGGAGCUACGUGGUGGAGUGCAGUGCCGGGUAUCUGUGCGCUGUGGACGACGGAGAGCGGCCGCAUCAUUCGCGCGCCUACAUCGACAGCAGUGCCGAUCACAGGACGCAGACGAGCCGGCAGUACGCUUCUGAAUAUGCCGGCGUCGCCGCUGCCGAUUCUGAGCAACCCGGCUGUUCCCGCUAUCAAGUGCGGGACGACGAUGACGACGAGCAGAACCAGGAUCCUGAUCAGCCGCGGCAGCAGCCCCAGCAUUCAUGCUACACUGAGAACAGCAACGGCCCCGAGGCGUCCCUUUAUACUGACGACAGCUCCUCGUCAGACCACCCUGUCGCCGACGCUGCAGAUUCAGGGGGGGUCCCAGAGGCGGCGGAGUGUAGCGAGAGCCAGCCGGGGCCCUACAUCAGCAGCAGCGGCACGUACAUUUCCAACCCCGAGCCCGACGUGGCACCGCGUUGCUCAGUCAGCCGGGAAGAACCUAGCCGGGAAGAAGCCGCGCCGGGCCAGCAAGUGGGUGCGUCGGCCGUGGCGGAAGGCUCCGCAGACCGGGCACCCAACCUGGCUGAGCUGGAGGAGAUGAUGGAAGUUGUGAUUGUGCAGCAGUUCAAGUGCAAAAUGUGUCCGUACAAGAGUGUCUCCAAAGACACGCUGAUUAACCACAUGAGGGACAAGCACUUCAAACCUGCAGGGGGUUUGCAGACGAAGCGCAAGCGUGGACGACCUCCCAAAAGCGCAGUGCCAGCUCUUCGUCAGGCGGACCAGGUGGAGGAGCCGCUAGCAGAGAGGAAAGCAUCGCAGGCGAGGGUGUCCGCAUCCUAUCAGGCUCAAGAGGACGGAGAUCAGGAAGAACAGAUUCCAGAUGCUGGCGCUCUCGAUGAUUCUGAAGAGGACAGUAACUACAACCCAGCUGAAGAGGACUGUCGUGGAAGAUUACCUGCCAUUUUAAAAAAACACACAACUCCGAUAUCUUCCUCCUCUCAUACUCGUCCCCGGCGUAGAGUUGGGCGCCCGAGGAAAUACAAUCUUCUGGAAGAAGAUGACAACAGCCAAGAGGCAGAGAGUUUGGCAAAGAAGCCGAGAGUGAAUGCCGACCCGAGUGCCGCAGACGAGGCGAGCACUUCAGGCUUGGACAAUGGCGGGGCCACUCCGGUGGCUGACGAGGACGCGGCGGAGGCGGUGGUGAGCCUGUCCGACUCCGAGAAUAAAGACCCCUCGUCCAACUCGCAGCCUGAUGAGUCCUUUGAGAGGAAACGUGGCCGUCCCUCCAAGUGCUUUCUUCGCAAGAAGUACAAGAAGCAUUUGAGUCGCAAUCGGUACUACAAGUCCCUCAAGCCGUUGCUGAGACCUCACAACUGCUGGAUCUGCGGCUCGCGCUUUCUCACCCAGGAAGAUUUGCGCUUCCACGUAGACUCCCACGAGGGAAACGAUCCGGAGCUCUUCAAAUGCCUCCAGUGCAACUAUCACUGCAAGCGCUGGUCCUCGCUCAAGGAACACAUGUUCAACCACGAAGGUACGAAGCCUUUCAAAUGUGACAAAUGUGACUACUCGAGUGUUUACAAGAAAGAUGUCAUUCGUCACUCUGCUGUUCACAACAAAGAAAAGAAAAAAAAGACAGAAGUGCAGGUGGUGACUGUAUCUGAGUUCCCGUGUCCAGUGUGUCACAAAGUUUAUACCAUGCAGAAGAGGCUGACUCAACACUUGAAGACCCACAGCGCAGAGAAGCCGCACAUGUGCGAUAAGUGUGGCAAAUCCUUCAAGAAGCGCUACACGUUCAAAAUGCACCUCCUGACGCACCUUCAGAGUGUGGGAGACAGCAAUUUCAAGUGUGAGUUUUGUGACUACACUUGCGCCAACAAGAAGCUGCUGCUCAACCACCAGCUGUCCCACACCAGCGACCGACCCUUCAAGUGCGACUACUGCAAAUACACAACCUCCAAAGAGGAAUUCCUGGUUUCCCAUCUAGCCAUUAAACACACAGGAGACAAGCCUUUUGCCUGUACUUUGUGUCACUUUGGGACCAAACACCGCAAGAAUCUUCGGCUCCACGUGCAGUGUCGCCAUCCGGAAGCUUUCGAGGAGUGGUGCGUCUCACACCCGCCUGUAGAAGCCAAGACCCGCCGCAAGCCUUUCUUAGCCCUUCAGCACGUGGAGGAGUUAAAGCAGCAAAGCGAGGAAGGGUCGCAAGCCUUGCCAAAUGCCAUCGUUUCACUAGACCCUGCAGCCCUUCAAGCUAUUCAGGGGAUAGGAAAUGCUUCCGUGUCCCAGGAUGCACUGGGAAACACCACCAUCAUCUACGAACAAGGUGAAUCUGGUGAGCUCUCCGCCCAGAAUGCCCUGAGUCUGUUGCUGAAUAUGAGCAACGCCCGGGAAUUGGUUGGAAACUCCUUACAAUUGGCUGUGCUCAAGUCAGACGGCAGCGCUGAGGUCAAAGCGCUGGAGAAGGAAACGUGGAGCACGGUGUCGGCGGCACCGGACCAGGCCCACAAGGUCGUCACCGUCCACGUGUCCGAGAACGGCGAGACUGUUUUGCGGGAGGCCUAUGCGGCCGAUUCGGAAGACAUUGCUCAGAUCGCCAUCGAAACCUACGCUGACGAUGGGGAGUUCAGUGUGGUGGAGCAGGUGCAGGUGACAGAAGAAGUCCAAAGCUCUGAGUGCAGUUCUGAGAAGAACGACCAUGUUCAAGCUGCAGAAGAGGCCAAAGCGGAGAACCUGAAAAGUGACAAGUUCUACCUGGCUUCCGGGCUGCCUGAUGGUGUCCUGCAGCAGGUGGAGCUGAGCAGCGAAGCGCCUGCCUCUCCUCCUGCGGCGAGCGUGCCCAGCGUCAGCACCAAGAAGUUCUCCUGCCGCAUAUGCAUGGAGUCUUUCCAGUGCCGCUCGGACAUGGAGAACCACAAGCGGGCGCACUUGGAUCCGAAUACUUUCAAGUGUCCCGACUGCCCCUUCACUUCUGGCUCCUGGCCCGAGGUCAAGACUCACAUGGAACUGCACUCGUACUUGCGGCCUCACAAGUGCCCCAGCUGCAGCUUUGCCUCCAAGAACAAGAAGGACCUGCGCAGACACCUGCUCACACACACCAACGAAAAGCCAUUUUCUUGCAAAUUCUGUUGCCAGAGCUUCAAUCGCAACGGUCACCUCAAGUUCCACAUGGAGCGUCUCCACAACCAGGAGCAGACCACCGCCGGCACGCGCAAGAGCCGCGCCGCCGCAUCGCAGCAGACCAUCAUAGUCAACAGCGACGAGGAGGCGCUUGCUACGCUGCAGUCCCUGCAGGCCCACCAGGCAGUCAUCACCUCAGAUCAGCUGCAGGCUCUCAGUCAAGAGCACAUCAUUGUGGCCCAAGAUCAGUCUCUAACAGAACAGGAGGAAGGCACCUACAUCCAGCAGAUCACCACCAUUGAUGGACAGACGGUCCAGCAUCUUAUGACGGGGGACAACCAGGUCACCGAGGUGCAGUACAUCAUCUCCCAGGACGGCGUGCAGCACUUAAUCCCGCAGGAGUACGUCGUGGUAGCAGACGGCAAUCACAUCCAGAUGCCAGAAGGACAUAUCAUCCAGUACGAGCAUGAAGAAGGAGUCUUUCUGCAGGAGCAGCAGAUCGCAGUCAGCACUGACAGUCCGAUCCAGUACCUGCCGGCUGCCUCAGAACAGCAAGUCCUGGAGGCCACCCCACACCCUGCCGUUACAGCGGUGGCGGACUCGGCGGUGAUGGCGCAGGCUGUCUACACGGAGGCGACGGCCGAGCAGUUGGAAGAACUUCAGCAGCACUACGACGUCAUUACCUUCACCGCUGAGUAGCUAUACCGCAACACCUACACUGAAAAAAAAAAUGAAAAUGAACCAGUACUUAGUUUUUGAUGGACAAUGCACCCACUGAACAUUUUCAAAUUAAAUAAAUUGUAAGAACUUUUUUUUUUUUAUUGUACCUGCUUUGUCAUCCAACUCAUCUGUAUUUAUAUUAUCUCGACAAUGUCGCCAGAAGAAUCUCUUGCAAAGUAUACAGAGCAGCGUUUAUGAAUAUUUUCCUUUGGGGAGAAAAUUGACUUGUUUAUUUAAGUUAGAGUGCCCAAAAGAAUGUUUAUAGAAAAAGCUGUACAUAACUUUUUUUUUUAAUUUUGUUUUUUUUUCUCUUCUGAUGAAUCUCAAGUGUUCAAUAAGCUAAUAGCUGACACCAAAUAAAUCACUUUGUUUAGCUUAAGAAGAGUUUGGGAAUUUAUGUUUGACAUGGAUUUUUAGAAAAUACAGUUCUGGAAAAAACUAAGACAAAAAAUGUAUUCGACCCUGGUUAGUGUUUUGGAUUAGGGUGUUUGUAUUUGGAAAUCUUGUUGUUAGCAGUUUACAUAUAGAACAAAAACAAAAUGACAUUCAAACAUGUACCAGAAAAUGGGAAAUUUUUCUUUUUUUCCCAGAGCUGUAUACCUGUAAUCACAUUUUUCUUUUUCAUUUAUGUAGUUUCUGUUUUUAUGGGAUUUCUUGAAGAGAUACAGUUGUACCUUGAUUUAUGAGAUGAAUCACUCUCAUCCCAAAUCAAUCAAGAAUUUUUUUUUUGUAACAUGUUUUUUUUUUU